AUUUAAGACACAAAAAUAAAAAAAUAAGUAUUAUUAUGAAAAAAAAAAUUUGAAAAAAAUAGGAAAUAGAAAGAGGAGAGAACAAGGUUGACACUUUCACACACAUUAUCUCUCAUGCGCUCCUUUUUCUCUCUCUAACCUCCCCCAACUCCCAUCGCCAAAAAGCUAUCCGAUCAUUCAAUUCAUUCAGUGCUUGUAUAAUUUAAUUUGAUUUAAUUGAAUUGGCGGAGCAUAUACUGUGAGUAAAUUAAAUUAGGGUUCCUGUAAAUUUGGCUGUUGGCCCUGAAUUAUGGGAUUGGGAGAUCUUCUCGACGACGGCGAUGGCGGUGGUCGGAAAGUCGCCGCGACGGCGGUUUCGUGCUCCAUUUGCUUGGAGGCGGUGGCCGACAGCUGCGAGAGAUCUCGGGCGAAGCUUCAAUGCGGUCACGAAUUUCAUCUCGAUUGCAUAGGUUCAGCAUUCAAUAUUAAGGGAGCAAUGCAGUGCCCCAACUGUCGGAAAAUUGAGAAAGGACAGUGGCUAUAUGCAAAUGGUAGCCGUCCACUACCUGAGUUUAACUUUGAGGAUUGGGCCCGUGAUGAGGAUCUAUAUGAUUUAAGUUAUUCUGAGAUGUCAUUUGGACUUCAUUGGUGCCCGUUCACAAGGGUUCCUACAUCGUUUGAUGAAGGAGAGUUUUCAUCAAGUGCAUAUCAUGAUCUUCUCGGGCCCCAUGCUGUCUUUGCCGAACAUACGCCCGUUUCAUCCACAUCCCAACCCUGCCCUUACAUCACAUAUUUUGGGCCUAUCCACCCAUCUUCCUCAGCAACGAGUGGUAGUGUUUCAGAUGGAUCUACUUUUAACAACCCUUGGAACGGCCCAUCGGGCCCUACCGAUGUUCCCAUUCCCUAUUCUUUCCAGUCAAUGGAUUUACAUUACCAAAACUGGGACCAAGCUUCGGGUUUUACCACAAGCACUCGAACUGGUGGGUCAGACCAACAACUCUUGAUUCCACCCGUGACUCGGAGGACGGCUAGGAACAACUCUGAUAUCUUGAGAGCUGGAAUGCAUCCCUUCAUUAUUGGUCACAGUUCUGCCAGCCGAGUGCCGAGCUCCCUCACCUCGUCAGUGCUUCCGACUUACCCGGGCGCCAUCACCCGUCCCCGUGACCGCCCCUCGACCCUUCAAGCAUACUUUCAACAAACCACCGGUAACCCUAUUGGUGGACGGGCCCAACCCAUAUCCACGGCCCGGAGAUCCAGCAGCCACAGGGGUGGUCUGGCCCAGUUGGGGCCCAUCCCUCCAUCCUCAACAGCUGAUCAGCCCAGCGGCUUUUAUCUACUCUCAUCAACUGCAUCUUCCGGAAGCCGAACCUUCCAAGAAGCCGACAACACUCAUCGAGACCCUUUCCACCGUUGGGAACACGAACACCACCACAAUCAGCCUAUGUUCCAGUCGGGCUCGGGCCAACCCGACCCAGACUCGAUAUGGGGCCCGUUUCGCCCGCCUGGCGUGGGGCCCGUUCGCCACAGGCAUAAUGGAUCUGAAAGGAUGCCACCUCAAAAUCGGCCAUCAUAAUAAGGUGUGUUUGUGUGUGUGUGUGUGU